AUGCGUUCACUUUCGACCAUUUUUAGCUUAAUCUUGGCCCUCUCCAUCCCGCUUCGGACUGUGGGAGCCAAGUCCCUGGUCAAACCGCUCUUUACCAGCCUCGCAAACAGGGAGAUCCCAGACGGAGAACUCGAGUACGACUACAUGACCAAGGACCGGGGACUCGUGCAUGAUGGAGAGAAAGGGACCAAGUCACAAAGUACACAGACUGGUGAAGGUGGUGACGGUGAAAAUGGAGAGGAGGGCAAAGAUGAAAGGAGUGAAGAGGAAGAAGAAAAAAAAGGGGAGAAUGAAAAUGAGGAGACGACAACGGAAAAGGCAACAGAGGGAACCGAAGACAUUAAAAAGAACAUGGACGAUGUCCCGCUGGCAACGAUGCAAGCGCCGUCCUCAACUGUCAAGAAUAAAACUGACUCUUCAGUACAUCGGGGUGACACCUCCACCUUUGUCACAAACAAUUUCUACAACCCCGCCGAAAAGGAGCAUGGAGAGCUCACCGCCGGAGCUCAACUCCAGUAUGAAUACCUAUGGAAGAGGAUAUACGAUAUCGACUCCAAACUGCUGAAUCUAGCGCCCAUACAUGUGGACAAGACAAAGGACCCCCUUCAGCGCAAGGGACUCACCAUUACCUUUGACCCAGAAAGCAACCCGGAUCAACACACCGUGAAUAUAGAUGAUUCUAUUGUGGAAUAG